AUGACCGAUACCGAGUCCUCGGGCCCUCAAAAGGCACCAUCAGUUCCUGCUGCACAAGAUACCCCAGUCGCACUGGCUGCGACGGGCACUUCGUCGCUGGGAGAUUCUGAUGUCGUUCAGGGCAACGCCAUGGUGGCCAGUGAUGCUCUCGAAACGGGCAAGGACCAGGGGGUAACCUCGACGCUCCCUAUCCGGCAGGACACCACAACAUCUGGCUUCGACCCGGCGGAUCCGAUGAGCUUCGGACUUGAUCAUCCUGAUGGAGACAAGAGAAAGCUCAAGAAGUACUACAGCCGGCAGAAUAAGCUAAUUGACCAGUUCUUGGGAGCCGAGGAUGAGGAGCGCAAUACGCUGGAGGAAGAUGCGCGGUAUAAGCCAAAGAUCAAGUUUGCGGUGAACGCAUCGUUCGUCGUCAACUUAUGCCUCUUUGUCAUCCAGAUGUAUGCGGCUAUAUCGACAGGAUCACUUUCACUUUUUGCAACUGCGGCGGAUGCGUUUAUGGACCUGGUAUCGUCUUUUGUGAUGCUAAACACAUCCAGACUUGCGGCCCGGCCGAGCAUCUACAAAUAUCCAGUGAUCGAAUCUGCACGGAACUUGGGUUCGGGAGGAGAACACGAGGCUGAAGGUCUCCAUGUCAUUCCGCUCACCUUUGUUGGUGUUGCCAUUUUUGCCAAGGGCAGCUUGAUGAUCUACUGCCUCUUCUACCGGAGGUUCCCAACAGUGCACGUCUUCUUUGUCGACCAUCGAAACGACAUUGUGGUGAACAUCUUUGGGUUGGUGAUGGCGAUCGUAGGUGACAAGUUUGUGUGGUACCUUGGUCCGAUUGGCGCCAUCCUGAUUACCCUCCUGAUUCUCUUUUCGUGGGCUUCAAACGCCUUUGAGCAAGUCUGGCUUCUGGUCGGCAAGUCAGCGCCCAAGGAGUUUAUUGCGAAGCUCAUCUAUAUGACCAUGACACACGACGACAGGAUCGUCAAGGUAGACACGUGUCGGGCAUAUCAUGCUGGUCAGCAUUAUUGUGUCGAGCUGGACAUUGUGAUGGACGAAAACACACCCUUGAGAAUCUCUCAUGAUGUCGGCCAGAUGCUCCAACGAAAGCUUGAAGGGCUAGCGCUGGUCGAACGAGCAUUCGUACAUGUUGACUACGAGCACGCGCACAACGUCCACGAGGAGCACAAGCCACUCUACGAGAAGCCGACGCCCAAGAGGAGUCUCAAGGACAUGCUCUUGUUCAGGAAGCCCGCCAUGGCACAAGGAGAGGCGGAUGCGUCAAUCGGGCAGUGACACUGGGGGGCAAUAAGGUUGAGAAUAGUGUACGGUGAUUAAUAAUAGAGUUCAAAGUUUUGCAUAUUGCUUUCAGUUGGAGCGUGGUGAUCUGAUUGAGGUGAUGAGAAAACAGGGAAAAGCCAGUGCUGCCAUAAGAAUUGGUAGGUGGUGAGGAAGAAGACCAAGAUACUCAUAUGUGGAUGGGUUGCGUAGUGUUAGUCCCAACUUGAACCACUUGACACUUCAAGUUGAAAAUAACAACUCAAGGAAGUUGGCAAGUGCAGAGAUUUCGUGCCACUGAGAUAUGAUGUUGAAGUUGAAGGAGGAAAGUGCGAGUUGUCA